GUCUUCUUGAGUAGGUGAUACAUUGCCUCAGUUUGUUAUAGACAUCAAGAUAUCCUGCAAUCUAAAAAUGAACGUUGCAGCCUAAAGAUUGUCUGAGGAUCAUCAUGAUGUCAAGUCAGCUUGUUAAUGACACUAUAAAGAACACAAGCCAAGGAUUCUCUGGUUUAGACCUCCUGUUUGAUCUGAAGCCUCUUUUUAUCCCACUCUAUGCACUUCUGGUGACUGUGGCAUGCCUGGGGAAUAGUCUUCUGGUUUUACUAAUUGCUUUUACCAAGAAACUUCACAACACCACCAACUUUCUUAUUGGAAACUUGGCAGCUGCUGACCUCAUCAUGUGCAUAUUUUGUGUUCCUCUAACUGCCUCUUAUGCAUUUGAGGUACGGGGUUGGCUAUUUGGUAAAUUCAUGUGCCAUUUUGUCCCCUUAAUGCAGGCUGCCACAGUCUUUGUAUCUGUGCUUUCACUUACGGCCAUUGCCGUGGAUAGGUAUGUUGUUGUUGUUUAUCCAAUUAGGCGAAGAAUUGGGUGCAAGUCUUGUAGUUAUAUUGUCACUUUAAUUUGGUUGGUCUCCAUCAGUGUCUCCUUGCCAAUAUCUAUCCAUACCCAUUAUAUGGAUCUUAAUCAUAUUGGCCACGAUAUGAUCAUUUGUGAGGAAUUCUGGAAGCAAAAAGAGAGACAGAGACUUCUUUACUCUUGUACAAUGCUCCUUUUAUCAUACAUGCUCCCACUCUCUGCUGUCACCAUCUCCUACUGUGCCAUUGCCUAUCACCUACGUAAGAGGAAUGUCCCUGGUGCCACCUCCCACAACCAAGACAAAUGGUCCAAGAAGAAGCAGAAGACUUUUCGUAUGCUUAUCAUUUCUGUAAUGGCUUUUGCUAUCUGUUGGUUGCCUCUCCAAGUGGUCAAUCUUAUCCGUGAUAUUGACGAGGAAUUUGUUAUUCUGGACAAAAAUUAUAUAAAUGUCAUCCAGGUUACCUGCCACCUGAUUGCUAUGAGUUCUGCUUGUUACAACCCAUUCAUUUAUGCCUCACUUCAUGACAAAUUCCGCUUCCAUCUAAAGAAUUACUUCUAUCAUCAUAAGAAAAGAGCCAGCAACUUGUCCAGCAAGAACUCGAGGCUCAACACCUGCUCCACCUUAGCUGACAUACCAAUUGUCCUAUCAGACAAGAUGGUUUUACAAGGGAGAUUUUCCUUUAACUAGACGGUCUACUAAUCUCUGAAUGUUGCUAAACAAAACUAUGAGUUGUAAUAGUGUCCACAUGGCAAAGCUCAAAACUCAGCAAAGCAAAAGGCACAACACUUACAUUCAUACAUCUCACAGUAACAGCUAGUAAAAUGUUUCUCUUCUCAUUUAAUAAAUAACACUUAAAACAAAGUUGUUAUUUCCUUUUUAAGGUAGUUUUUAAUAGUGUACAUUUUCUGGAAGAUCAGAAUCACCAAUUUUUGACCAAUCUGUUUAAAGGUUACAUAUCUCAUAAGAUAAAGCUACAUUGCGUUACAUGUUUUGAUAUUUGUAUAGAUCUAGUAGAUGUCACCCAUACCGUACUUUUAUCUAUUGUACAAUAUUGAUCCUACGGUUGUUUUACAUAUGAUGUCCACAUUACAAAUGAACUUAUCAUUGGAACCCCUAUAAACUACUUGAUGGUUCAAGACCCUUAUUUAUUUUGUUCUCAUUGUUACAAAUUGAAUGCACUAUUUUUAUUCUGCUAAAAUAGUAAUUUUACAAAAAUUUCUACCUUUUAAUGAGGCUCAGGGAUUUUUUGUAACCAAGAGGUAAUAUUUUAGAUUACUGUACAGUGUUAUUUAGCUUUCACAGUGCUUAAAAUAGAAAGUAAUCCCUUUACACCAAUCCACUAUCCUUAUAUCUCAGCAUCUUUUACCUAUAAAAAUACAGUUUUUUUGUUUUUUUUAAGCAAGCAACAUGAAUAAAUCCAAAUGUUGACCAUUAAAGUACAAGAGAUUGUGAUUUUAUUCAAAAGUCAUUCCCUUCAUCAUUUGGAGAACACAGUGUUCAGAACAGAUAAAAACCCUUUACAAGUCUAAUAUUUGUGAAUGGAAUAAAUUUUCCUGCUGGUCUGUUCUGUGCAGCACACCGCAAAUAAACAAGCAAUGAGGAUUUAAGCCCUAUGCUUAAUAUUUAUCAUAGUGAGAAGAUUUACAGUGGGUGGUGUUUUUACCUUUCUCAGGAAUGUACUGUACUCUGCACAGGUCAGCUUAAAUACUGAGAUAACAAUGUCGGCUAAUGGCAAUGAAAUAUUUUUCUCUCUUUAUAUUAUGGACUCCAUUAACAUAGUACAUCAGAUGUGGCUUUUCAGAAUGUUAAAAUAGAAAGCUUUUUAGCACUUCAUAUUAACAUUUAUUUUUAAAUAAAAUAUACAAUGUGUCUGUAUCUGUAUUGACUACAUUAAAAUCAUUUAAAAAAAGGAAA